UUAACUCAGCGCCACCUGGCCUAACGUGGACGAAGAGUGGCAGUUCUCGAAUCGUAGCGUUGUGAAAUAACUUACGAAUACUUCGUAAUUUUAUAUGGUUACAGAUGUUCAGGCGAAAGUUGCAUGCCCUUGACUGCCAGAGUGCUGAUAAAUUCAACGUAAACGAUGAAAAUGAGUUCCGUAACAUGAUAUUGUGGCUGGAGGACCAGAAAAUCCGUCACUACAAGAUUGAGGACCGAGGUUCUCUAAGGAAUAUACACAGUCCAGAUUGGGAAAAAGCCUUUGAAAAUUACCUGAAAGAGUUGAACUGCCCCUACAAGUGUGGUGAGAAUGGUGCGGUAAUAGAUUGGCUCCUUGGGUUUGCCGUAAGACUGGAAUAUGGUGAUAAUGCUGAAAAAUACCGAAGUGUGACCCCAGAGAGUGUCCAGAUGAGCCGUACUGGUGUGGCAGGAUCGUCCAGCAAUCCCCUGGACAGUCUCAACUUUGAUGAUCCGGACUUUAAAGCAGGAGUUGCUUCCCUUGCUCUGAUGAUGCAGGUUCCUCCACACAGUGACCAUUUGGAGCAACUGAAGGCAAUCUGUCUACUGGUGAAAGAGCGGUUGUCUAAGAGCAGCUUAGAGGCUGCAGAAAGCCCUAAUAGCAAGAAUGAAUUAAUACCAUUGGAUAAAACUGAGCUUGGAUUCGAGGCAGGAGAUUACAUCAUGACUGAAGCGGCCAAGAUUCUACGACUUAUGCAUAUCAAGGAUCUGCGUGACUUACAGACUCAGAUUAACUCGGCCAUUGUUGCUGUUCAAGCUAUCACAGCAAAUCCGAAAACAGACAGUCGGUUAGGAAAAGUAGGACGCUAACAACAGUAGGUUUUCUCUACACAAGUGUGGAUCAUUGUGGAUGCGGACUCAAAGCAACAGUUUGAUGCAUGGCGCUUACAUUUCACUGAACAAUAGAUGCGUUGACAUAUUGAUAAUCCAGGCAUAAAAUAGGAAAUGGUGAGAUAAUGGCUUCCUGUGAUCAUUUCAUUAAUAUGGGCAGUUAGCAGUUUACAUAUAUUAAAGAUAUAUUGCCCCAGUUGCCAUUGGGCUUAAAUAGGUAAACACAUUUCUGGUUAGAAUUACCAAAAACUUCAUGAGGAAGAAUAUUGUGACUCAUGAUAAUGAUAUCUGAGUUAACAGCUGAAAGUUUGGAAGGAGUUAAUAGACAUACUAUGCUGCUGCCACCUCCACUCCUGCAAGGUAGUUUGGGGGCGUUUGGGCUGUACCAGCUGUGAAUGAUUCUCUUCAACCUAGACAGGGUCCGAGUCCAGAAAGCAUUUGAAGCGUGAAGGUGAUUGCACAUACUGAAGCACUACAGCGGUCAUAAGUCUGCUGCUGUCUGGACAGUUCCCAGGCAACCAUAUAUUGGUGAAAUGAUCUUGCACUAAUUAAAAAGCAUUUUCUUACAAUUUCUGACCCAAUUUGUGUUCAUUGGGCUUCAUUUCCCCUUAGGUAGUUUGUACACCCAUUGGUGGCAGCCUUGUAGUUGUAGUGGCCUGGACACUGCUUCAGUUAAAAACUCUUCUCACUCAUUCCUUUUAUUAAGUUUGAUCUCUAAAAUCUGUAUUGUAGCUGUGCAGAAUCGCAACGAAUGGAUUAAUGGGAAAUGCAUGCAAGGAUUUAUUUAUAAUGUCAUCUGAAGUGAAAUGAUCACUGACCAUUUGGUAUUUAACAUUCGUCUGAACAUAGUUUUUCCAACAUUUUCAGCAGGCGAUUGAAAGGAUACAAAAGGAUUAAUUGCUUUGAUUAAGAAGCACUUUAGGCUUCAACAACUACUGUCUCAUCAAACUGCUCUCUAAGUUUCUGAUACUUGCAUUGCAUAUACUGGCUUGCAAACUAUAUGGGGACAAAAAGCCAUAUUUGACUUAAUAUUUUGUGGAAGUCUUGAGCAUUUAGAAAAAGAAAUGUUGCUGGUAUUACAUUGUUCGGGAAUUUAAGUGUUGUGUUUGUUGCAGCCUUCAGAAGAUACAUGAAAUGUUUUCAGCAACAUAAGAUGUGUCACAUAAGAUGUUGAUGUUACUGUUACAAUUGAUGAUUGUCUUGUCUGUUGCACCAGUGUCCCAGUAUGUAAUAUAUGUACAUACAGUGUAUGAAUAUCUGUAAACCUGACGGCAUUAAAGUGCUAUGUAUUUCUU